AUGGAUAAGGUGCUUUUCCCAAGACACUAUCAUAGUUUAUCCGACGCUUACAAUGAGGAUGGCUUGAAAUGCGAUGCUUGCGAUGGAUCGUAUCGUGCUGGCAAGUAUUGCGAUGGAUGCAAGUUUACCGUUCACAGGAGAUGUGUUUUUCUGUUUUAUAUAAAAGAGAAAGCACUGAAGCACCCAUCUCAUGUCGGACAUCGUCUUAAGCUUCUCACAACGGGUGCUCCUGUUCACUCCGACCCGAGAUGCCAUCUUUGCGGUAAAAACACUAAACGCAUUCCUUUUCGUUGCUCCACUUGUAAACUCAAUCUGGACAUCGAUUGCAUGCUUGAUGCCUUGUGUGGUCAAGCACAUGUGAAUAUGCCGUGGCACCCUCAUCCUCUACUCCGACUUACAUUCAGAGAUCUUCAAUGUUGCCUCGAUGAAGGAUUCAUGUAUGUUGAUGGAAACGAGCGGUUUGACGUAUUAUGCAGUUCGAUUACUGUUCCAUUUAUCCAUGGAAGUCAUCCUCAUCCCUUAUUCUACCUCAAACUCUCUGACCGUGGUGGCCCCAGGAAAUGCAAGAGUUGCGCCAUCCACGAAAGAGGAGUCGUCAAAUGCGACUUCUAUUUGGACUUUCGUUGCGCCACUCUGCCAUUAACGGUAAGGCUUCACAGGUAUGAUGAUCAUUCACUCACUCUUUGUUACGGUGAAGAGGCAAGCGGCGGCAAGUAUUGGUGUGAUAUCUGCGAAACAGAAACACAUCCAGAGACUUGGUUCUACACUUGUAAAGAUUGUGGGGUCGCUUUGCAUGUUUUGUGUGUACUUGGGGAUCUCAGGUACGCCAAACCAGGAGGGAAGAUCGAAGAAGAGGUUGAUUUGAUACCCAACGAUACAUCUUCACGACCUCUUUGCUACCGUUGUCACUGCCGUUGCAUAGGUCCUUUCAUUCUUAAGAAUUACGACAGCCUAUUCCUUUGUUCUGUCUAUUGCUUGUCACUGGUUCGAAACUGGAGAAAGUUACGUACUAAACUCAGAUGCCCUCCAUGGGCAUUAGAACCCAAUACUUGA